AUGGCUCAGAAACUACAAAAUAUCCAAGUUGUAAAGCAUUAUAAGAGAAUGUCAGCUGGCAACAGUCCAACAACCUUCAAGUAAAUUCAACCACAAUAGCCUAGCAAUAUUUUUUUGAAGGAUAAUGAAGAAUAAAAAAUAAUUGAGAGAUAGAGAUUUAAUGAGCUAGAACCAGAGUCACUCAAUCCCAUCUUCAAAGCCCUUAAUUACAGCAGUAAUAGAAUUAAUAUUUACUUCCGAAUGAAGAGAAAAAAGUUCUAGACAUUUUUAACCCAAAUAACAAGAAUAGGAGAGUUAAAGAUCUUCCUGACACGGAAGUAUCACUUCAAGACAAAGCAAUUAGUUCUAAUCAGAUACCUAGAUGAACUAAGAGUUCUUCAUAAAAAAGACUUUAAGAAAUAUCAGGAGACCAAACUCACGAACGUCAUCAAGAGACUCAUCCACGGAGAACAGAGAUUCAGCGACAAGAAAUUAAAAGAUAAUAUUUAGCUCAGGUCAGAGCCCUUAAGACUAGAAACUGUAACUGAUUCUCUUGAGUAGCACAACCUUCCUAAGUUGAAUUCUAAUUUCAAGAAUUUUUAGUCUCAAAGAGUUUCUCCGUAAAACUCUUUUCUUGAUAGUAUGAUUCCUCACACAUUUGGUAAUCAAGGUGGCAUAGACUUUAAUCAAAUACCACAUGAUGAUUUAAAUAAAAAAUUUGUCAUUACUGAAUCCCCACCGAUGCCUCACAAGUUUGACAAAUCUCAUAGUGAGCAAGUUAGUGAGAGAGGAAGUAUAAAAAAGAGAAGUAAGGUUAAGAAAAUAUUGUUAACAAAAAAUAACUCAUUUCUUAAGAAAGUGAGAGAAUAUGAACAGCAAUAAUAAUAACAAUCAAUAUAAAGUAAGGAAUAAUCUUAGAAUCCUGUUAAGAUCGUUAAAACUGACAGAAAAAAUCUUCAUAGAUACACAAGUUCUGGGGAUAUGAAUGAAGUUGGAAGCCUUAUUGAUAGCAACUAUAACCUUAGUUUCGGUCAAAAUCGCUACCAAAAUAGUAAUGCAGGACAACAGUUAACUGGGAACAAUCUAUUAAGUCAUAUAAACAGAGUUCAAUCCCAAAUCGAUUUUCGAUAUGCGCCUUAAUAAAAUUAUGAAUUAACAUUAAGCAAAGCAUUUAAUAAUGAUUAAAGGAUGCUAUUCUAGUAUGAAGCAGAUGGCCAGAAGGCAGAUACAUUUGGAAAGUAAUUUCAAACAAUGAGAGACAGGAAUAGUAUGAUAAUAUUCACGGGAGUGAUCAGAUUCGAGGCUCCAUUGAUUAAGAGAGAGAUGAUAUUAAGACUCCUUGCUUUGUGA